AUGGAAGCCCUUGUUAAGGUCGUAUUGCAAUUACAUAAGCAGUGGGGUAUAGAUUGUAAGGCUAAAGAUUUUACUCUCGCCGUUGCGAGGCUUUUGGAGAUCGGGGUCAUUGACCAGCCGGUAGAUAUUCUCCACCCUGAGGCGUGGGACAAAUGCACUAAAGCGUUGGCUAAGGAGACGAUGCUCUCGGGUCGUGGGAAGCACCUUAAGUCGUGGGGGAAAGUCGUGCAGGCGUUGCAGAAGGCUAUACAGGAGCAGGAGACCUGGAGGGUGGCAAAGAACUGUUUGCUGGCCACCCCGAAGUUGGGAGUUGGGGCAGCCACACAGACUUUGCACCCCCUGAGUGAUGACGGUUUUUCUGAGUCUGGGGAGGGUUUAAGGGUGGCGGAGCUGAGGGAGGGUGAUGCGUCCCCUCGGUCUCCGGACCCCGACCCGCUUACGGAGGGACAGAAAGCAGCUCAGUCCUUCUGGGGCGGGUUGGCGGAGGAGGCUCAGGGCGCCGCGGAGAAAGCAGAGUCUGAGGAGGUUCGGGCUGAACCGCCGCCCUAUACACCCCAAAAUGGCGCUGAGCAAAAAAGGGGGGGGCGAGGUAAAGAUGCCCGUGGUGGUAAAAGGGAGGAAAAGUUGGUAUCAGCAAGUGCACACAGAAGGAGGGGGGAGGUGAAAGAAUGUGAGGGGAGUGUGAGCGAGGCGGAGGAGGAUGGGACCAUGAGAGAGGCGGAGGAGGACGGGAGCAGGAGCGAAGGGCAGAAAGCCAACCGGAGUCGCUAUCUGAAAAAAUGCCUUCGUAGGGCAAAUCCCCCGCCAAGCCGGGCGCAGAGCAAGCCGGGAGGGGGGGAUGAGCCAAGGGGGAGGGAACGGCCCCGUGGGCGGUGCAGGAGCCUGGAACGGCCCACCCGUAAGGGGAGUGAGCGGGGCCGGAGCUCAACAAAAAGGUACUGGGAACCGGAAGUAGCCGGUCAGUCGAGCUCUGACUUCGGAUCAGACACCAGCCGGGAUGAGUGGCCGGUUACCGAUUCAAACUCAGAGGAGGAGGAAAUGGGAAUAUAUACAGUCAAAAGCAAAAACAUUCUCAGCCCAAAUAAAAAGGGACUGCGAGGGAAAAACAUCCCUGUCACCGACUGGAAGAGAGUAGAGGCUGCGUGUGCCGAAGGGGUCCCACCGGCCACGCGAGCAUUCCCGGUCCGGAUGACGGACAGGGGACAGAGGGUCCACUCACCAAUAAACCCUAAGGAUAUACAAGCAAUUGUUAAGGCAGUUGCGGAAAAAGGGCUUAAUUCUGCCAUGGUCCACACCCUCAUAGAUGGUGUCUUGAGUUUCUGUUCACAGGACCAGAUUAUCAGAUGCCCCCGUGACCCGUACACCUCGGUGGCAACAGAGGACAACAAGUCAACAGGCGACCUGUCCACAGCAGAGAGCUUUACACCGGCAGAACCCAAGCAACGGCAACGUAGCCUCUGUGGCGGGGGGCUACGACGUCUUUGUGUGAUCUUGAUUUUAGAACUUGUCACUGUAGGACAGGUAACAUCAGCUCACCCUUACCAGCCAUUUAAAUGGUCACUCCUUCGAGUCAAAGAUCAGCAGGUUAUCGCAACUCAAAUAACAUCAGGUGCGCCAAGUUUUAGUGCCACUCUCUGCCAGCUUGUCCCAACAAACAGAUGCACGGUAGAUGUAGUAUUUUACAUGUGUCCCAGCUCAAACCCUGGAAAAGGGUAUUGCAACUCCCCUAGCCAGUACUUCUGUAAUUAUUGGGGAUGUGAGACCAUAGCCCCUGCUUGGAUAUCGGGUAGUGGUAAAGACAGAUACCUAAAAGUUCAGUGGGGUCCAUAUGGGUGCACCUCACCAAGAGGAUGGUGGCAUAAAAGUUGUCAGUUCCUCUUCUUAAAUGUUACCAAGCCUGAAGAGGACAGUUGGUUACUUGGAAAACUUUGGGGAGUAAGGUACUCAGAGCUAGGGAAAGACCGAGGUGGCUUAAUCCUCAUAAAAAAGGAGGUCGUCCCGAAUGAUCCGCUGCCAGUAGGCCCCAACCAAGCAGUUAUCAGCAAAGCCCUGACUAUCCCCAAUCAGAACUAUGUGACCAAAAAGACGGACAAUCAGGAAAAACUGACAAAAGCUCCCAUGACAACACACACCACCAAAAUUUCUGAAAGAGACUCGCUCUGGAAAAUGAUGCAAGCUAGCUACCAAAUACUGAACAAAACAAAUCCAAAUCUCACAGAGCAUUGUUGGCUGUGCUACGGAAUGGAACCACCCUUUUAUGAGGCUGUAGCACUAAGUAACACACCCCUACAAAUGAAUGGUUCAAAUCCAGCUCAGUGUAUAUGGGAGACAGAAAAGCAAGGGAUCACACUAACACAAGUGGUGGGAAGCGGCGUGUGUGUAGGUAAAGUCCCUGAGAACAAAGAACAACUGUGUGACAGUAAGGUACAAGGUAAAAUCCCCGCAAAGUGGUUAGUACCAGCCGACAAUACCAAGUGGGUUUGCUCUGUCACGGGAGUUACACCUUGUCUGUCGUUGGACAAAUUUGAUGAAUCCUCAGAAUAUUGUGUCCAGGUAGCUAUAGUCCCUAAAGUCUUUUACCAUCCUGAAGACGCUGUCUAUGACUCUCUGAUUACCCCAGAACAUCAUCUGUCAAAACGAGAACCCUUUACAGCACUAACAAUAGCUACCCUCAUGAUCUUAGGAGGGGCGGGAGUAGGCACAGGAGUAGCAUCCAUGGUCCAACAGAAUAAAGAAUUCAGUGCCUUGAGGAUGGCAGUGGAUGAAGACCUGGCCAGAAUUGAACAAUCAAUAAGUGCGCUAGAACAAUCACUCAGGUCACUAUCUGAAGUAGUGCUGCAGAAUCAGAGAGGACUAGAUCUAAUGUUUUUUCAGCAAGGGGGAGUGUGCGCUGCACUAGGGGAAGAGUGCUGUGUAUACGCGGACCACACCGGGAUAGUGAGCGACACGAUGGCCAAACUGCGAGAGGGGUUGGAAAAACAGAAAAGGGAACGAGAGGUGCAGGAAAGCUGGUUUACAUCCUGGUUUAACUAUGCACCUUGGCUGACCACCCUGAUAUCCACCUUGAUAGGGCCAGUCGCAAUGAUUCUGAUAACCUUGAUCUUUGGACCCUGUAUACUGAAUAGGCUCGUGGCGUUUGUCAAGAGCCAGCUGGAGAAGGUUGACAUCAUGCUGAUAGAACGCCAACAACUGCUUUAAGAAUGUUUUUCUUCAGAAUCUCCUGUAGCUAUCUCUAGAGAUACCUCAUUACUUUCAACUACCUCUUGUCUAACGUGCACUAUGUUUUCUAUUCAGGUUUGUAACACAUUUUUUAAGAUUGUUAACAUAUCCCUUUUUAAGACUGUCACAUUUUAACCAAUUUUAACUGUGCAUAGGGAGGGGGGAAAUGUGGGUAGUUAGGGUCCGGCGGCCGGAAGAUUUCGCGCUGUACGGAAAGAUAAGGCCCCUCUCCUAAUAGCCAAUAGCACUUAGUUCACGAUGUAAGCAGACGGAAGUGACACCACAGACCUAACUCAUAUAAACACCGCGGUAAACACUAAUAAACGCCAUUUGCCAUCCACCA